AUGGCGGGAGAACAACCAGUUAAUACAGGAAUUGUUCAGGUACGAGAAAACAACAACACCUCGUUUCAAGUUCCACGAUUGACGUCAAAGAAUUACAACACUUGGACUAUCUUGAUGGAGUCGGUAUUAGACGCUCAAGGACUUUGGGAGGUGAUUGAUCCAGUAGUAACAGGUGAUGCCGUGGAUGAGAAGAAAAACAAAGUUGCUAGGGCGGUUAUUUUUCAAGCGCUACCGGAAGACAUACUUUUACAAGUUGCUAAAAACCGAAGUGCGAAAGAUAUUUGGGAAGCUUUACGAGUAAGAUUUCUUGGCGCUGACAGGGUUCAAAAGGCUCGAUUGGCUUCGUUAAGGAGAGAAUUCGAGCAGCUUCGAAUAUAUAGCAGUCUUGGGUCAAGUCUUGAUGAUGAAGCAUUAGUUCGAAAGUUGUUAGAUUCUGUACCAAAGAAGUAUCUUCAAAUUGUUGCUUCUAUUGAGCAGUAUUCAGAUAUCGAAAGCAUGCCAUUUGAAGAAGCAAUAGGCAGGUUGAAGGCCUAUGAGGAACGGAUCAAAGAGCAAGACGAGACGAGUGAUAAUGAUCAAAGUAGGGUAUUAUUAUCUAAAACUGAUGGUCAAAGUUCUAAUACCAAUGGACAAAACUCUAAAACCGAUGGUCAAGAGAAGAAUGAAGAGACAGGUUGUAAGUGUUGUGGACGAGGAUGGUCUAGCCAAAGUGAUAGUGGAAGAGGUCGUGGUCGUGGUCGUGGUCGAGGAGGACGAUACCAAAGGGAUAAAAGGUUUAUCGUAUGUUAUAAUUGUCAAGAGAAAGGUCAUUAUGCAAGUGAAUGUCCUAAGAAGGAGUCAAAGGAAGAAGUAGCAAACUUGGCCGAAGAGUAUGAUCCGUCACUAUUUUGA